UGGUGACAGUGCCUACGUGGGGAUGAGUGACGGGAACCCAGAGCUGCUAUCGACCAGCCAGAUCCAGGAGAUGGUCCACUCGGAGGUCGCCGCCUAUGACUCGGGCCGGCCGGGGCCCCUGCUGGGCCGCCCAGCGAUGCUGGCCAGCCACAUGAGCGCCCUCAGCCAGUCCCAGCUCAUCUCUCAGAUGGGCAUCCGGAGUGGCAUCGCCCACAGCUCCCCGUCACCCCCAGGGAGCAAGUCAGCCACGCCCUCCCCCUCCAGUUCAACUCAGGAGGAGGAAUCAGAAGCGCAUCUUAAGAUGUCAGGAGAGAAGAGACCUUCAACUGACCCAGGAAAAAAGACCAAGAACCCAAAGAAGAAGAAGAAGAAGGACCCCAACGAGCCGCAGAAACCUGUGUCAGCCUAUGCGCUCUUCUUCAGAGACACUCAGGCUGCCAUCAAGGGACAGAACCCCAGUGCCACCUUCGGGGAUGUGUCCAAAAUUGUGGCCUCCAUGUGGGACAGCUUGGGAGAGGAGCAGAAGCAGGCCUAUAAGAGAAAGACCGAAGCGGCAAAGAAGGAGUAUCUGAAGGCUCUGGCGGCCUACAGGGCUAGCCUCGUCUCCAAGAGCUCCCCAGAGCAGGGUGAGACCAAGGGCACUCAGGCGAACCCGCCGGCCAAAAUGCUGCCACCCAAGCAGCCCAUGUAUGCCAUGCCGGGCCUGGCCUCCUUCCUGACGCCAUCGGACCUGCAGGCCUUCCGCAGCGGGGCCUCUCCGGCCAGCCUGGCCCGGACGCUGGGCUCCAAAACCCUGCUGCCAGGCCUCAGCGCAUCCCCGCCGCCGCCACCCUCCUUCCCGCUCAGCCCCCCACUGCACCAGCAGCUGCCCCUGCCACCCCAUGCCCAGGGCGCUCUCCUCAGUCCGCCUGUCAGCAUGUCUCCAGCCCCCCAGGCUCCGGUCCUGCCCACUCCCAUGGCACUGCAGGUGCAGCUGGCUCUGAGCCCCUCACCUCCAGGGCCUCAGGACUUCCCUCACAUCUCCGAGUUCCCCAGCGGUUCGGGACCCCGCUCACCUGGCCCGUCCAACCCCCCGAGCAGCAGCGGGGACUGGGACAGCAGUUACCCCAGCGCGGAGUGUGGCGUCAGCACGUGCAGCCUGCUCCCCAGGGAUAAGUCGCUCUACCUCACCUAAUCCCGCCUCCCCUGUCCUCCCUGAGGCUUGCUGGAGGGGCACCGCUCAGCGCCUGAAGGGCCCACAGCAGGAGGGAAGCCCGGGCAGGAAGCAGGAUGACCGGGAAGAGAGCAGUGACACAACGACGACGCCCCAGGGCCGAGUCUCCUCCUCGACCUCCCAGCAGACCCUGCCGAGGCGGGCCGCCGCCCGCCCGCAGCACCCGCGGGAACCUCCUGCCCCCCACCUGCCUGCUCCAGGGCUACCGCGGACCCCGCCCCUCGCCCUGCACUCCGCGCUCCGCGUCUGGACGUCCGGCCCCAGCCCACGCUCCCGGGGCUGCCCCCGCCCGGAGGGGCCGCCUUCCGACCGAAACGCACCCCCAGAGGCGUGGGCCCGGCCGCCCGGCCGAGGACGCGCGAAUGCGGCUUCACCGAGUGAACACAGAUCGCCAAACCUCUGAACUGUUGGCUCCAUGUAAGUAGUUGCCUAAGUGUUUUAGAACCGUGCUGAAGACGUCGUCGAUAAGAUGAUUUUGUGGGGGAGGGGAGUAGUUUCCUUUAAGGUGAAGAGCAUUUUAUAUGACCCCUUAGCACAUAUUUUUCUUUAAGUUUUCUCUUGGGGAUGAGCACAAAAGCGGCUGCCAAACUGUUUCCGCCCCUGUAACAGCGAGAGCGGGACCACUUAGAGCCACACUCGGAGACGUUGCGCUUUUUUUUUUUCUGGUUUUUAACCCUGUGUCCGUCUAUUUAAAAUUGCCAACAACGACUUUUGUCUAUUUAUGAAGCAAAGUUGAGAAGAGAAAUGCAGUGUAUCAUAACGUGUGUGUGAUUUUCAGGUUUGGUUUGGGUUUUGGUUCUUAACGUCGUUUGCAGCAGUUUCCUGGCCCUGGCAAGUGUCCGUCCCGGUGCCCAGUGCUUCUCUCAGUUUCUUUGUAAUAAAACUUCUGAAAAGU